AUGGAACAGUCAGGCAACGGAAGGAACCCCAGCAGUGGAACAGCCAGACCGGACGGAGGCAACCCAGGUGGAAGGGUCGGAACGCCAGCCAGGACCGGAACCGGAGCCCAGGAAAUAACCGCGGACCAGGUGGAACAACCAGGUAACCGGAGGCAGUCCGGCCAGUGGAACAGGUGGAGCCCGGUAGGGUGGAAACACCAAAAUCCAGGAAACAACCCACCGUGGAACGCCGGACCAGGACCAACCCAGCGGAAGAACCCACGAAGCGGUGAAACCGGAACCCAGGUGGAACAGCCGAACACCAGCAGGCCCAGGAAUGGAACCCAGGCAGAACCCAGGGUGGAAACAGCCGUAACCAGGCCGCAACCCAGGUGGAACGGACAACCGUGGAGGCAGAAUAGGGUGGAAGAACCCAGUGGAACAGCCCAGGCAACCCAGAUAACCCAGGCAACGCACAGGAAUGGAACAGCCCAGGACCCAUGGAACAGUCCCCAGGACACCGGAAGCCCAGGGUGGAAAACGAAUAACCGCAACCCAGGUGGAACAGCCAGGAAGACCCAGUGGAACGAACAGGUAACCAGGCCGAACCAGGUGGAACAGGUGGAACAACGGACCCAGCCGCAGCCCAGUGGAACGGAACGAGACCCAAGGACAGCCCAGAACAACCCAGGAGGCCCAGGGAACAGCCAACCAGUGGAACCCAGGGUGGAACGAAUCAGGCAGCCCAGGAACGGAACCAACCAUGGAGGCAGCCCUGUGGUGGAACAGUCAACCCAGCAACCUGUGGAACAGGACCGAACAUGGAGGCAGCCCAGGGUGGAAUCGGAAUCCCAGGUGGAGCCCAGGAAACGAACAACUGUAGCCCCAGGAAAGGACCCAGCCAACCCAGGAACACCGGACCCCAGGCCCAGUGGAAUAACCCCAAUCAGCCCAGGUGGAACGGCCAAGAAUCAGGAGGCAGCCCAGUGGAAGUGGAACUGGGUCCCCAGUGGAACCAGGCCAACCCAGGAACGGAACAGGACCCCAGGAACAGCCACCAUCAGCCCAGGGAACGGGACAACAGGAAUGACCAGGAAUCCAGUGGAAACCCCAUGGAAUCCCGUGGAACAGACCCCAGGGGUGGAACAUCAAUCCAGGCCCAGGUGGAAACCCAGGGUCCCAGGCAGAUCCCAGUGGAACACACCCAGGAGGCAACCCAGCAGUGGAACAACAGAACUGUGGAGGCAGCCCAGUGGAAACAGGCCAGUGGAAUCAGUGGCAGCCCAGGACCCCAACAUCCCAGGAAUGGACAAGAACAGUGGAAACAGAACAGGAAGGUGGAACCCAAUGGCCCAGGAACCCACUGAAUGGCCAACCCAGGAAAUGGAACAGGCCGACCCCAGGAUGGAAUGA